CAAUCAAGUGCCGCUCUCCCGUCACUUCCGCCUAGAAGGUGAGGGGAAGGUUGGGCGGAAGAGGUUCCCGACCGGCCCGGAAGAGGCGGAUCCCGUGGGCGGGUGCUGGUGGCCGGAGCCUCGUGGAGGCUGAGAUUACCUCCCCUGCAGUAUCAGACAUCAUAACAUGGGGCUUACCAAGCAAUACCUACGUUAUGUUGCUAGUGCGGUCUUUGGCCUGAUCGGAAGCCAAAAAGGUAAUAUUGUCUUUGUGACACUUCGUGGUGAAAAAGGACGCUAUGUGGCAGUACCAGCCUGUGAACAUGUUUUCAUCUGGGACUUAAGAAAAGGAGAGAAGAUCCUCAUCCUUCAAGGGCUUAAGCAAGAAGUCACUUGCUUGUGCCCUUCCCCAGAUGGGCUGCACUUAGCUGUUGGCUAUGAGGAUGGGUCUGUUAGAAUCUUCAGUCUCCUGAGUGGGGAAGGAAAUGUGACCUUUAAUGGACACAAAGCAGCCAUCACUAUCUUGAAGUAUGAUCAGCUAGGUGGCAGACUGGUUUCUGGAUCCAAGGAUACAGAUGUGAUUGUGUGGGAUGUGAUCAAUGAAAGCGGCCUCUACCGCCUAAAGGGCCACAAGGAUGCUGUCACACAAGCAUUGUUCCUACGAGAAAAGAAUCUGCUAGUUACUAGUGGGAAAGAUACCAUGGUGAAAUGGUGGGACCUUGAUACUCAGCACUGUUUCAAAACAUUGGUUGGCCACCGAACUGAGGUAUGGGGGUUGGUUCUGGUUUCAGAAGAAAAACGACUUAUCACUGGCGCUUCAGACAGUGAAUUGAGAGCUUGGGACAUCGUUUAUCUGCAAGAGGUUGAAGACCUGGAAGAACCUAAGCCCAAGAAAGUCAAAGAGUCUUCUCCUAGAAUGCAGGACUCACUUGUAGCAGAGGAUGAUGCCCUUGAGCUGGAUGAAACUCCUGAAGAUCGCAUCCUUUCAUGCAGAAAAGCUGGGUCCAUAAUGCGGGAAGGAAGGGACAGAGUUGUGAAUCUUGCAGUGGACAAGACAGGCAGGAUUCUUGCUUGCCAUGGAACUGACUCUGUGCUAGAAGUGUUUUGUAUCCUGUCUAAAGAGGAAGUUCAGAAGAAAAUGGAGAAGAAGAUGAAAAAAGCUAGAAAGAAAGCAAAGUUAAAUUCUUGCAAGGGGGAGGAAGAGGACCUUGAAAUCAGUGUUGAAAUGACUCUGCAAGAUGAAAUCCAACGAGUGACUAAUAUCAAAACUUCUGCCAAAAUCAAAUCUUUUGACAUGAUUCAUUCACCCCAAGGGGAGUUAAAGGCUGUGUUCCUGCUACAAAACAAUCUGGUGGAAUUAUAUUCACUGAAUGCAUCUUUGCCUACUCCUCAGCCCAUCAGGACAAGCAGAAUCACCAUCGGGGGUCAUCGAAGUGAUGUGCGGACUUUGUCAUUCAGCUCAGACAAUAUUGCUGUACUUUCAGCAGCAGCUGAUUCCAUUAAGAUAUGGAACAGGUCUACACUGCAGUGUAUUCGCACAAUGAACUGUGAAUAUGCACUUUGCUCAUUCUUUGUACCUGGUGAUAGGCAGGUGGUCAUAGGAACAAAGACAGGGAAACUGCAGCUUUAUGACCUGGCCUCAGGAAAUGUGUUAGAGACAAUAGAUGCCCAUGAUGGAGCUUUGUGGUCCAUGUAUCUCUCACCAGAUCAGCGGGGCUUUGUGACAGGUGGUGCAGAUAAAUCUGUCAAGUUCUGGGAUUUUGAGUUGGUGAAAGAUGAGAAAAGCACCCAAAAGAGACUUUCUGUGAAGCAGACCCGAAUGUUACAACUAGAUGAAGAUGUUCUCUGUGUCCGUUACUCUCCCAAUCAAAAGCUGUUGGCUGUGUCUUUGCUGGACUGCACUGUGAAAAUUUUCUAUGUUGACACAUUAAAGUUUUUUCUUUCAUUAUAUGGACAUAAACUACCUGUUAUAUGCAUGGACAUCUCUUAUGAUGGAGCACUAAUAGCAACUGGCUCUGCUGAUAGGAAUGUGAAGAUUUGGGGUUUGGAUUUUGGGGACUGCCACAAGUCUCUCUUUGCACAUGAUGACAGUGUGAUGUACCUACAGUUUGUACCUAAGUCUCACCUCUUUUUUACCGCUGGGAAAGAUCAUAAGAUUAAGCAGUGGGAUGCAGACAAAUUUGAACACAUACAAACUCUGGAGGGGCACCACCAGGAAAUAUGGUGCUUAGCAGUCAGCCCCAGUGGAGAUUAUAUUGUAUCAUCAUCCCAUGACAAAUCUCUGAGACUUUGGGAGAGAACAAGGGAACCUCUUAUCCUUGAAGAAGAAAGGGAGAUGCAAAGGGAAGCAGAAUAUGAGGAGAGUGUGGCUAAGGAAGACCAACCAGCAGUUCCAGGAGAGACUCAAGGUGACAGUUAUUUUACUGGAAGGAAAACUAUUGAAACAGUCAAAGCAGCUGAAAGGAUCAUGGAGGCCAUUGAGCUAUACCGAGAAGAAACUGCAAAAAUGAAAGAACACCAAGCCAUUUGUAAAGCUGCAGGCAAAGAGGUUCCUCUUCCCAUCAACCCCAUCUUGAUGGCUUAUGGCAAUAUUUCACCUUCAGCAUAUGUAUUAGAGAUUUUUAAAGGGAUCAAAUCAAGUGAACUGGAAGAGUCCCUACUUGUGCUGCCUUUUUCUUAUGUUCCAGACAUUCUUAAGCUCUUUAAUGAAUUCAUCCAACUGGGCUCUGAUGUUGAACUUUUAUGUAGGUGCCUCUUCUUUCUCCUCAGAAUUCACUUUGGACAGAUCACUAGCAACCAAAUGCUUGUGCCAGUGAUAGAGAAAUUAAAGGAAACAACUAUUUCAAAAGUCAGACAAGUACAGGAUGUUAUCGGCUUCAAUAUGGCAGGUCUUGAUUAUCUCAAAAGGGAAUGUGAGGCAAAAAGUGAAGUUAUGUUUUUUGCUGAGGCUACUACCCAAUUGGAAGAAAAGAAAAGGAAGAGGAAAAAAAGAGAGAAGCUAAUUUUAACAUUGACUUAGAACUGAAAUGUGGUAUCUUUUCUACUGUUUCCUUAAAAGAACUUCUAAACUUAGCAUGGCGCCAUCUUAAAAAUGCCAAAUAAUAGAAGGUUAUGUUGUGGAAGAUCUCAGAAUAUGGCUCCCAGCUUUGCCUGAGGGAAUUUCAACAUGAGUCUAUGAUCUGGCUCCACUUAUUGGACUUGAAAGUGUGACUAGCUUAAAAAUCUUUGUGCUUGCAGCAGAUUAAGUCCCACAGGAAUUGCCUCCUUUUUAUUUUCUAGCAGGGAACAAAGAAUUUUUAAAAUUAAUUAUUUAUUUCACUGCAGUUGGAAUUAAAAUUUCAAAAGGGUUUUUUAAAAAAUAUUUCUUAUGGCAGAUAAUUUGUUGUACGCUUUGUUACCUUCAUACUAGGUUUUACCUCCCUUUUAAGACAUUCAGGUGCAUAAUUGAUUUUCAUUUGCCCAUUAUGCAGUGUCAUGGACUCAUGAAGCUGAAAAGGACCACAAAAAUUAUCUAGAAAGGUCUCUUUAAAUGUAACUUCUUACAGGUUGUUAUAUCUGUAUAUAAGAUCUUAAUUGCUCUUUAUACAUUUCUGAAUAAAAUAGUUGUUUCUAAUUAAAGAGUAGUCAAGGUAA